ACAAUGCAAUUGAACCAAUCAGAGAAAUCAGUAGCUUCUUAAUUCAUCUUCGAGUCCUGAUCUUGGUCAUCUUCUUCGUUCGAUUUCGUCAGUUUUCUUCGAUUCUUGGUGGUAAUCGAUUCUGAAGUUCUUAGAGGAAGCUAGAGAAGAGUGAAACCCUAAAUUCGAGUUUGUUUUGUCUACAACUCUAUCUAACCGAAGCUCACUAAUUUGAUAACCUUCAUUGGAGUUCUUCUUCAGUCCUGUUUUUGGGAUAUUGGGUUGAAUGUGGCAGAAACUCUAAUUUCGUGGAAACUGUGGAAUCGCACAGUUAGUACACUCUUCCAGAAGCUGUCCUGUGAGUAGAGAAUCCCUAUUGGUGAAAGGAUGCCGCAAGUUAAGAUCAUCGCGAAGAAUUUCAUGGACAUGGUGGCGUCUCUUCCAGCCAUCAAGCUUGACAAGCUCUACAACAAUGUCUUCAUCUGCGAGGCUAUUCUCAGGUCUUUGCCGCCUCUAGCCAAGAAGUAUGUAUUGCAGAUGUUGUACAUUGAUGUUGCUGUACCUGCUACGGUGUUGGAGGAGUGGGUGCUCGCUGAUGGUGCCUCUAAGCACAGAGUUGCUAUUGAUCGACUGAUUCAAUUAAGGAUUUUUUCAGAAAUUACAGAUAGGAAAAGGGGAACCAGUUACAGCCUAAAUCCUACAUUUCAGAACAAUCUUCAGAAACAUAUUAUUUCCGGUGGAGUUUUACCUAGAGAGCCUAUGAAUUCCGACAAUUCCAUUAAGCUUCCAAGUCUACAAGAACUUGAGACCUAUGCCCUUAAGCAAUGGGAGCGUUUCUUGCUACAACUCAUAAAUUCGGGUCAAGGGGACAAGCUAAAUGGGAUCAGUGAAUCUAUGAUGAAAAUCUUCCAGCGAGGUUUAUUGAGUCAGAGAGACAAGGAUGGCCCAAGAUUAACUGAAAGUGGCUUUCAGUUUUUGCUGAUGGAUACAAAUGCCCAGCUUUGGUACAUUAUCCGAGAAUACAUAUCGAAUGCCGAGGAGCGAAAAGUAGAUCCAGCAGACUUAAUUUCGUUUUUGUUAGAGCUUAGUUUUCAUGUAACUGGUGAGGCAUAUAACUCAAAUACCUUGACAGAGCUUCAAAAAAAUACACUCAAGGACCUUGAAGACUUGGGAUUAGUCAAGCUUCAACAGGGAAUGAAAGGCAAUUGGUUUAUACCUACUAAACUGGCUACAAAUUUGUCAGUCAGUCUGUCAGAUUCAUCAGCCCGAAAAGAGGGAUUUGUCGUGAUGGAAACGAACUUCAGGAUGUAUGCGUACUCCACAUCUAAGUUACAGUGUGAAAUUUUACGUCUGUUUGCGAGGAUAGAGUACCAACUUCCAAACCUUAUUGCUUGUGCAAUUACAAAGGAGAGUUUGUACAAUGCAUUUGACAAUGGCAUCACAUCAGACCAGAUUAUAACCUUUCUCCAGCAAAAUUCUCAUCCACGAUGUGCUGAUCGAGUCCCAGCUAUUCCAGAAAAUGUCACCGAUCAGAUACGGCUUUGGGAGUCAGAUCUAAAGAGAAUUGAGAUGACCCAGGCCCACUUUUACGAUGAAUUUCCUUCAAAAGAUGUGUUUGAGGCAGCUUGUGACUUUGCUCGGGAAUGGGGAGGCCUUCUUUGGGAAGACUCUAAGAGAAUGCGACUUGUGGUGAAAUCUGAAGUUCACAAUCAAAUGCGUGAGUUUCUUCAUACCCAAAGCAAAUAAUAAGAGGAACCUCAACAUUUUCUUCUCUUGGUUAAAUCAAAACCUUCUGUUUUGCUACUAGAAAAUAUAUAUUGCGUAAGAUUUAAGCAGAAAGAGAAAGAUGUCUUGUUACUCAUAUUAGUUCUUAUCCUGGGAACACAUGUUGUGCCGUUUGGACUGCUACAAGCUUUAGGAAUAUACCUACCAAUCUUGUCCAAAUCACUGAUGUAUAUAGUCUGAGGGAUGCCCCAUUUUUGCGGA